GAUGAUAUUUAAAUAUCACGGGUGCAACAGUCUGUAAUUCAGUGUCUCAAGCGUUAAUGUUUUAUAUUUAGCCCUGAGAGCUAACGGUAAGUUAGUUUGCCAUGGUUAGCCCGCUAAACAGCAAGCUAGGUCAAGUAACGUUUGCUUGGAAGUUGGUCCAUGCUAACGUUUAGCAUGCUCGCCAGCUCCAUGGAUCAAUUUGGUUGUUUUGCCUGAACGUGUGAUCGGAGUUUUAAUCCUGAACUUUAGAGUUCACCUGCUGCAAACUAGUGUUAACUUAACAGGCAACACGUGCAGCUGCAACCUGGUGAGGUGUAGUUUAACAUCACUGUCUAGCUUACAACUUAGUCCACAUUGAGCUCCCGGCAGCUGAUUAGCUGGGAUGUAGGGAUUUGAGCGAUUCUCAUCGGUGCCCACAUUCUGCUGCAGAGGAGAGAGCACCAGGAUGAGGAGACUGUAGGCACCCGCCGUAGUAUGGCCGCGUCCCGUUCCUCGCGCGUCACAAGGUCGUCAGUGGGGCUCAAUGGAUUGGAUGAGAACUUUUGUGGUCGAACCCUCAGGAACCGCAGCAUCGCCCAGCCGGAGGAGACCUCUGUGUCUCCGCUACCUCGUGCCCGCUCCCCCAAGAAGAAGCAGGACUCGAAACAGGACUCGAAGCAGGACGUCAGGCAAAACUCGAAACAGGAGUCAAAGCAGGAGUCAAAGCAGGACACCAAGCAGGAGUCAAAGCAGGAGUCAAAGCAGGACACCAAGCAAGAGUCAAAGCAGGACACCAAGCAGGACACCAAGCAGGACACCAAGCAGGAGUCAAAGCAGGACACCAAGCAGGACACCAAGCAGGACACCAAGCAGGACACCAAGCAGGACACCAAGCAGGACACCAAGCAGGACACCAAGCAGGAGUCGAGGCAAGACUUUAAGCAGGAUGCUAAGCAGGACACAAAGCAGGAUGCUAAGCAGGACACAAAGCAGGACGCCAAGCAUGAUACAAAUCAGGUUGCCAAGGAGGACAAUCUGCAAGAUGGUCAGCAGCAGGCCUCUUUGCAGGCAAAGGUAACUGACUCAAAUGCUUUUCCUGCUGAGGUGGAGCAGUGGACCAGCUCCAGAAAGCGAGGCGUGUCCUGUUUAGAAAAAGACAUUAGUCCUGAGAAAUCAGAGAACUGUGAUAGAGGGAAGGGGGCACAGGAUGUCAGCCCUCAAAUCAAAAGGGCCAAACGUUGCUCCCGCUCUGGAGAGUCUCUGGGACACGAGGAGGACUCUGAGCUUUCAAAACCCGAAGGUCCAGUCUCUGUCCCAGAGUCGAGCAAGGAUAACAGUUGUGGAGAAUUUCCCAGCCAAAACUCUGCUAAUCCAGCUCCUGCUUCACCGGUCCUCAGGAAAGAGGAUGGUGAGCUGAUGGGGGGGUCGGCAGUGGAUGGUCACAUGGACUGUGACAGGCCAGCUCAGCCCCCAAAUGCUCACAAGGCUUCUAAUGGACUCAGAGAGAAUAAACCGGAGAAACCUAGCACACUCACUGAAGAGCGUAGUGCAAAUCCCACCUCUGCCACCAACUGCCCGUCGCUGCUCAAUGGCAGUCAGACAGGGACUCCUUCAUCCCCAGAUUCCGCUGUGCCUUGUAGAAACUCUGUCCCUGUGCAGAUGGAGGUCUCUGGCACAGGAGAAUCGGCAGUCUCAUCUGUGCUGACAUUUGAGGCCGUUUCAGAGGAUCCUGUCCCUGACUUGAUAGUGGCCAAGGAGCAGGAGGUGGAGGAGGUCGAGGUUGAUGUGGUGGGCGACUCACUGUGCCUGGCCCAUGAGGAGCAGGUGAUGGAGAGCGAGAACAAUACCAAUGGCCGGCCGCUAACACCGGUGCAGGAAGCUGCUGCCUCCGCCUCCACUUCUGUAACCAACUUGAACAGUAGUCCAAUCAUCAACAACAGCAACUCAGGAGAAACUACACCCCCACUAGUAACAACCCCCUCCCCCACAGAGCCAGGGUGCAACCCCUCAAUAUCCAGCACGCCCCCCUCCUUCACAGAGCUCUAUGAACACAGAUACACCCUGCGGACUUCACCCAGGAGGGCUGCCAAUGGUGGCAAGGCCUCCUCCUCCAAGCUCAGCUCUCCUCCCAGAGACAAUGGUCCCUUGAGGGAAGAGGGGGAGGAGGUGGUUGGACUGGAGGAGGACUGCCCUAUGGUGGAGGAACCUGCUCCUUCAGACUCUGUUGGCCCCUCUAUUGAGGAGCUGGUCUCCGUGGAUCCAGGAGACAGGGCAGGUUAUGGUGAAGGUUUGCCUGUGGAGCGCAGAGAGGCUCAGUCAAGCAAGGAGGUGACACGGAGCCAGGCUACAGAGGAGGAGGAGGAGGAAGAGGAAGAGGAGGAGGAGGAGCCAGAUGUGUAUUACUUUGAGUCAGACCACCUGGCUCUUAAACACAACAAAGAUUAUCAGAGGCUGCUGCAGACCAUUGGAGUUCUGGAGGCCCAGCGCACACAGGCCAUCCUGGACCUGGAGACGUUGGCGCGUCAGCAGAGGGAGGCGCUCGCCAAUCCCAUCAGUUUUGUGGAGCAGCUGCAGAAACGGGUGAAUUUGGGCUUGCCGUGUCCUCAGCGGGUGGUCCAGCUCCCUGACAUUGCAUGGGAGCAGUACACCUCAGGCCUCGGUGACUUUGAGAGAGAGUUCUGUGACAAGAAACGCAAAACCAGGCGGCUAAAGCUGAUCUUUGACAAAGGUUUGCCUGAUCGACCAAAAAGUCCUGUGGAACCCAAGAAGGAAGGCGAAUCCUCCACCAUGUACUCAUCUCUGCCUACUAGUGAUGCUCCAGAGAACAACAGGCAGACGCAGAUGAUCAGGGGGAGGAUUUGUCACCCAAACAAGCCUGACACAUUUAACCAGCUGUGGACUGUGGAGGAACAGAAAAAACUGGAGCAGCUUCUUGUUAAGUUCCCUCCUGAGGAAGUUGAAUCCAGAAGGUGGCAGAAGAUUGCUGAUGAGCUGGGCAAUCGAACAGCAAAACAGGUUGCCAGUAGGGUUCAGAAGUACUUCAUCAAACUGACAAAAGCUGGUAUCCCUGUGCCUGGAAGAACACCCAACCUGUGCAUGUACACUAAAAAGGCAUCCAGUAAGAGGCAGCACCACCUCAACAAGCACCUGUACCGGCCAUCUACUUUCCUCACCUCCUAUGAACCUCCUGUCUUCAUGGACGAAGAUGAUGAGCGCUCAGCAUAUUAUGGCAGCGUGCAGGACCCCUCGGCUGAUGACUCGGACGAGGAGGCAAUACCUGUGGAGUUGAGAAAUUUGCCAGAGUACAAAGAGCUUUUAGAGCUGAAGCGUCUGAAAAAACAGACGCUCCAGGAGAUCCGGGAGGACAAGGUCGGGAUGCGGCACGUCGGCUUCAAGUGUGAUGUCUGUGGCAUGGAGCCCAUCCAGGGAGUGCGGUGGCACUGUCAGGACUGUCCGCCCGACAACUCCGUCGAUUUCUGCUCCAACUGCUCCGACUGCUUGUUCAAGACCGAGACCCACAAGCCUAACCAUCGUUUGGAACCCGUGCACCAGUCUGACACCUUUCUGGACAGGGACUACUGCCUGCCGCAGAGCACAGGCUACAACUACCUGGACCCUAACUACUUUCCAGCCAACAGAUGACAGGGUCCCAGGCGCCUCUAGCUCCAGGCUCUCUCCACAUAUCCCACAGGCCACUCUGUGCAUGGCUCCAUCCUCUAAGUCUAAGAUAACCGCUUAACCCGCCGCCAGGCAGGAAGGCCAGCCGGCAGGCAGUCAGCCAGGGGCCUCAGAGCAGACCAUGGUGCUGCUGGUGGGGGGGUGCUGUUGGUAAACUGGCCUCCCUGACUCAAGCAAAGGGGCUGCCACGUUGGUUCCUCAGAACAAGGGGGGCCCCGCUCCACCUCAGCCAGGUUAAUCAAUGGAUCUGUGAUUUGAAACGAUACACUAUUUUUAAAAAAACAAACAAAACAAACAGAAGGCACGCUGACAUUCCCGAGCUCUGUGACUCCAGGAGGGCUGUCCCCUUCCCCCUCUCCCCCUCAUCGCCCUCCAGUUACCUCCCUGUGCUGCUUCGAAACUGGAGAAUUGACCAUCGGUCUGGUGAAGCGCCACCUAAUGGAGAUUAUAUGGUCAUAGUGGACUGUGAAGUCAUCAACUGAGAUACACAUAGGUGGCUUGUAUGUGUGUCUGUGGUCUCCGUGUUAUGCAAGAGUGAAAAAACGUUCUAGCUAGGUAUCCGUAGAUGAGUAUUUAUGAGUCGCAGCUUCCUCAGUGGGAGUUGCGGCCGCUGCGAGAGAAUUUAGGCGGCGUGGAACUUGAUGUCGAGGUCGGCGUGUUUUCAGCUGCAGACUGUAGGAAGUUCUGCCGAUCCACAUGACGUUCUGCAAACAGACCUGUACUUUUAAACGGACCGGCACCAUGUUUUCAGCGUGGUGCCUGUCCUACCACUGUCACAAAACGCUGCUCUCUAUCCCCCCCCCCACCUCUCAAACACACACACACAGACACACACUUUGAUCUGUAUUUCCUUUCCCUUUGCUCUCUCCACUAAAACAUGUCUAACAAGGAAGCACUACAGCACGGAGAGCAAAUGAUUUUGAAGGCAGGUGAAUGGGAACGAAUGGAAAGUCACACAGGACUGUGUUUUUGUUUUCAUCUUUUUCUCCUUCCCUGAUGUGUGCCGUUGUUGAUCAUGUUGAGUGUACAAGUAUAUGGUGAAAAGUAGCCAGCGCUAGUUGCUGUGUGCCAUUUUUAAAAAAGAAAUUAGUUUUUUGGGGGGUGGUGGGGGGGAUUCCACCUCUGAACCUGGCCACAAGUUCUCCCUUCCUGUGUGGCACCAUUGACCCACAUUGUCCUACAUUAUUGAUCCAGUCAUCAUGCCUCUAGAUCUUCUUUAAUUUUGCAGUACACUUUAAAAGGUCCAUUUAAAAGAUUGUAUUUUUAUUAAUCUAUUUAAAAAAAAAAUAAUUGAGGCAGAGGUUGGUGCCUCCACAGUGGAACAACCCACACAAUUUUAUACACAUAGAUUUUGUUGUGCUUGAGUAGACACCAUUUUGUAUGGUUUUCGUCUCCUUCCCUCACCCCCUUUGCCCUGCUUCAAUAUCUGUGUAUAACAGUCUGUUCUUAUGUAAAAAAAAUAAAAAAUAAUAAUGUAAAAAAAAAUGCUAGAGGAGAAUUGUGGAAAUAAAAGUAUGUGAAAAUAGUGUUUCUACA